AUGGAACGUAUACCGGUGAAUUGGAUGGCUGAUAUCCCAUUGGUAACAAGACUAUGGACAUUGUCGAGCUUGGUUACAUCGAUUUUGGUGGAUACGAAAGUGAUACAUUUACAAGAUAUAAUGUUUAGUCCAAGACAAAUCCAACAAGAACCAUGGAGAUUAAUUACAAGUUUCCUUUAUUUGGGACAGUUUGAUAUAAAUUUGAUAAUAUCGCUUUAUCUAAGUAUACAAUAUUCAAGACAAUUAGAAGAAUCAUUCAAUAGAACAAGAGAUUAUCUUUGGUUUUUAGGGAUUGGUGGAAUAGCAUUAAUAAUAUAUUCAACUUAUGUUCAAAAUUUAUUCAUCUUGGGUACUUAUUUAAAUGAAGUACUUAAUUAUGUAUGGAGUAAAAAAAAUCCAGGUAUUCAAAUGGGAUUUUUGGGACUGAUUGAAUUUAAAGCUGGUUAUCUUUCAUUUUUACUAAUAUUGAUGAGUUUAUUAAAUAAAGGUGCUAAAUGGAAUCCAUGGAUUGAAUUACCACCUUUUAUAAUUGGUCAUGUUAUUUUCUAUUGUGAAGAAGUAUUGGAGACUUUGAUUGGGUUUAAUCCAUUAUCACCUCCUUGGUCUUGGGGUAUUUGGAAUUGGAAUAAUCAAAAUGAACCAAUUCAAGUCCCACAACAACCUACUUUAAACGAACGUCAAGAUUGA